ACAGCAACAAGCGCCAUGAUUGCGUUGCAGUGUGCGCCUCAGCAGCUGGACACCAUGGAGCAGCUGGAAGAGGAACUCACGUGCCCGAUCUGCUGCGGUCUUUUCGAUGACCCGCGGGUGUUAUUGUGCUCGCACAGCUUUUGCAAGAGAUGCUUGGAGGGACUGUUGGAGGGACACCGAGGUCCAGUUUUCAGAGCGCCGCUCAAAUGCCCCACAUGCCGCAAAGAGACGCCGCACAACGGCGCCAACAGCCUGCAGAUCAACUACUCUCUGCGCGGAAUAGUGGAGAAGUACAGCAAAAUAAGGGUCAUGCCAAAAAUGUCUGCUUGCACACAACACUGCGGCCAGCCUCUGAAUAUUUUUUGCGCCACGGACUUGAAACUAAUUUGCGGUUUUUGCGCAACAACAGACGACCACAAAGGGCAUCGUUUCUGCUCACUGGAGGAGGCUUAUGAGCGGGAGAAGGCGGCGUUUGAAGAGCUGCUCCUCGGGGUGGAGAGCUGGCAGAGCGCCGACAUGCUGUCCUGCCUGGAGACACUACAGAGCAGCAAGAAAAAGGCUCUGCAGUCGGUGACCAAGGACGCGGAGAAGGUGACGGACUACUUCGACAAACUCAUCAGUGCCCUUGAAUGCAAGAAGAGCGAGAUCCUGUCCGACUUUGAAACAGUGAAGCUGGUGGUGAUGCAAGCGUACGACCCGGAGAUCACCAAGCUGAGUGCAGCGCUGGAGGAGCAGAGGCGCGCGCUGAGCAUCGCGGAGUCUUUCAGGAGCGCCUCGGACCCGCUGUGCUUCCUGCAGCAGAUGCAGGAGUUUCGGGAGAAGUUCAGGCUCCUCAAGGAGACCACGUUGCCCUCCAGGAGGGAGAUGGAUGUUCACGUUGUGCGCAAUUUCGAUGUGAAAAAGUGGGAUUCCCUCAGGCUCAGAGAAGUGGACAAGAUCUCAGUCCCCCACGAGAACGGCUCCUACAGAGUGGGAGGCUCACGAACAGGACUGCCCAAAUGGAUCGCCCUGUGUUUUCUUACUUUGCUGCUGCUGCUCCUGCUGCAGCCUCACAGCCUGACAGCGCACAUCCACUCACACUUUGAACCCAUCCUCUCCACAGUGUCCUCGCACCUUGCCCACACUAAUGUUUACUUGCAGGGACUGACUGACAUGUGCGCGGGUUUAAUGGGCGCGGGCCAGGAAUGCAUCAUCUACUUCAUUGACUCCACUGUCAGUUUUGUUGGCAGUUGGUAGUUGUUCUAAUUACUAGCCCGUGGCAUCUCGUGCUCUCACAGAUACAAAAUGUUUCUUUCCACGUGUCUCGUGAGGUGCGCAACACUAUAUUGUCACUUACUUUAUAUGAAACCCUUUCUUUACUUUGUCCUCCUCCAAAACUUCAAAACAGACCCCACUUCUGGUCCUCAUUUACUUUCCACCAUGUGUAAUUUCUUCUUUAUUUUAUUGUAUAUUUAUACUUUAUACAUUCUCUUGAUGAAUAAAAACUGGGAAAUGUAAGUCA